GAGGAAAGCAGAUAGCCAUGUAUGAAGAAAUGAAAAUUGUAUGUGGAAAUUAUCAAGCUCCUACUCGCUGGAGUAGAAUGUCAGCCAAUGUGAAUGGAAAUCCAGUGAUAGAGUGCAAGUACGAACAAGAAUCUGGUUCAUAUCUUUCAGCAAGUUCAGAGCAUAUGAACGAUUCAGAUGGAACCGAGACACAGUCAUCUGCCAAAGAACCAGUAUAUACCGAAAUGGCUGCUAAUAAUGAAGAUGAAGAUGAGCCCGAGGCUCAAACUGAGAGGCAAGCUGCAGAACGGACUCGUAGCUCAGAGACUCUUCAAGAUGCAAUGUUAGCAAUAGCCUCAAGCAUCCGCCACUUGGCUGACACAAUUGAGCAAAGCAAGUACACCAUUGACACCCCUGCUCUUUUGCAAGCUGUGAUGGAAAUCGAGGGUCUGGAAGAAGCAAAGCAAAUGUAUGCUUUCGAGUCUUUGAAUGAGGACCCCGUCAAAGCCAGGGCCUUCAUGGCAUACAAUAGAAGACUGAGGAGAAUAUAUUUGUAUCGACUGUUUGGCUGGUGGAGAUAAUGUUUUGAUGGUCUAUUCUGCAUCUUGGUCCUCUAUUUUUGAUGGAUGAGUAUAUUUACUCUUCCAAACUUUCUUGAGGAUUAUUAAGUGAAGUGAAUGCUGUCCAUACAUAAGAACUCGACCCAUAUUUAAGCUGACACAGAACUGUACAGGAAUGUUUGUACUAUGAUAUCCUUGUGCUGCUUAACUGAGUUUUAUCAGAUAACUUGCAACUUUUUUGCCUUUUGUUGUGAAGAAAUUCCAUUUCAAUUAGACCUGCGGAUUCCACUUGUAAUGCGUACCUUUGCAUAUUGAAAUACUUCUUUUUUGUUGUUUA